AAAUAUACAAAAUGAUAAAUUAUUAAAUAGAUAAAUAGGUAAGUAAAUAAAUAAAUGAGUUACUCAUUGAAUAAAUAAAGAGAUGGACAGAGAUGUAGAGCUAGAUAAGAGAAUAAAUAAAUAGAUUAAUUGAUUAAUUGUUUAAUAACAAAAUCACAUAUAUUUUCAGCUGAUUUUCCUGCUGAUAAAACAAGUGACCAGAAGAAUGCUCCAGAGGAACCAUGGAGGAGAGGAAAUUUCAGAGUGAGGGUCUCAGUUGCAUGAAGGAAAAGCUCAACAUUAUUAAAGAAAUGCUAAUUGCUACACUAGAGUUUUGGUGGGGAGGAGGAGGAGGAGCUAAUAUAAUUCUUUCUUGAAGGAGCUUGUCAAACAAUGAAUAGGUCCUUUGUGGGUGGGCAUAAAAUUAGUGUAAAAUUUACCCUGCCCCCACAGAUAGUUGAUCUGAAAGCCUUUUCUUCUUCAAAUUAUUUCUCCAUAUUUUAAUCAAAUAAGCCAAAUAUAUUUAUGCAAUAUAGAAUAUAUAUAGAUAAAUAAAAAAUAAUUUUGUUUUUUUUAAACAAUUCAUUUUAAAUUAUUCAUUUUAAAUUAUCUGAGGAGCUCAAGAUGAUGUUUUAAAAGAAGAGAUGAUUUUAGAGCUUUCACAAUUUCAUUGGUUGCCAUGGACAUCAUUUAGUGGAGGAGGAUUUAGUAAGUAGAAGACCUGAGAUUUUUAGUCAGUUCAUGAGUCAAAAUCAAGGGUUAGGGUUAGACUUACCCCAGGUCACACUGACAGUAAGUGUCAGAGUCAGGAUUCCAAUCAGGCCUCAUUAAGUUCAGAAGGAAAAUUCUGUGCCUUUUCUACUGUUUGAACUGGUCCAUUGUUUAUGGGCAAUCUAGAGAAAGUCAUCACAGAAUCUUUGGACUGAAAGGGAUCUUAGAGACCAUGGAAGUUCAGCACCUAUUUUUAUGGUUGAAGAAACAAGCUCAGAGAAGACAUCAUAUCUUACCCAAAAUCAUACAUUUAAUAGGUGGUAGAGCUCCUUUGGUAUAGAAGAUCAAGAGGAUAAAGAAGAUCCCAAUCCAAAUCCAACCACAGAAACUUACUAGUUGUAUGACCCUGGACAAGUCACUUAACCCCUGCUUCAGCUUCCUUAACUUAUAAAGGGGCAACCAGAGUUGUGAGGAUCAAGUGAGAUGUAUUUAAAACACUUAUCAUAGUACCUGGCACACAGAAAGUUGUUGUUGUUGUUUAAGAAAUUCUUGGGGGGCAGCUGGGUGGACUCAGCCAAUUAAGAGCCAGGCCCAGAGAUGGGAGGUCCUGCAUUCAAAUUUGACCUCAGACACUUCCUAGCUCUGUGACCCUGGGCAAGUCACCUAACCACCAUUGCCUAGCCCUUGUCAUUCUUCUACCUUGGGACCAAUACAGUAUUGACUCCAAGAUGGAAGGUAAGGUUUUACAAAAUAUAUACUUAUUUCCUUCCUUCUUUUUUCUUCUUUCUUUCUUUCCUUCAUUCUUUCCUCCCAUAUCAUAUGCUCUGUCUCCCAAAACAAAUCAUUGUAUCCUGUUUUGAGCCAACAGGUUUGUCUCUGGAGUUAUCCAAACAAUGAUCUCAGUUCUCCACUUCAAUUGGCCCUUGGUGACAGCAUUGGAGGAAUUCUCCAAUCGGGCAACAGAGUAUGAAAUCCAUCACCUCCUAGCACUGUCCCUUUGCUGGAAAUCCUCUACAUGGAAGUUACUAGAAGAGCCAAAUCACAAUUCACGAUACUUCAGGUGUUCACAGGGCAGCAAAGCUUGGCACCAGCUCCAGGGUUUCAGGAACCUUUCGUCAAUCAGAGAGCAACAUCUAAAUAAAGCGUCCCCUUCGAGAUAGUUUAGGGCUUUUAAAGAAUCCGGCAGGAGCCUGGAAUAACGCCUUUGGGUCUGUGGAAGGGCUGGGAGCCAGAUUCUGUUUAAUAUGUCCUGCAUAAAAUCCUUUUCUCUUCCUGAAAAUAGUUUAAGCGCCAUCAACUCUUUCUCUAAUUAUACUUGAUUUUAUUUGGGCUAUAAACAGGGCUUCCAAAGAGUUCUGAACAGCAGAAGACCACAACUGAACUCUGCCCACAUUGCGGCUGGCCCCAGGAUCCCGUCUGGGCUGUCAAGUCACCGGGAGUAGCAUUACCUGGAAUUGCUUUGACCACAUCACACCCAGAGCAGUAAAUGUGGAUAGAGCUUCAAAAGAAAUCCAGGGAUUCCUCAAAGAUGUGUGUGUGUGAGUGUGUGUGUGUGAGUGUGUGUUUGUGUGUGUGUGUGUGUGUGUUAAUCCUUAAUCUGGCCCAUUUAACAGAACCCUUCCCCAACGCCCCCGCGUGUUUUUCCUUUUUCUUUCGGAUCAAAGGGAAGCUCUUUUUCGAUUCUCAGCUCACGGGGAACAGAAGAGGGAAACUCCCUGCGCAGAAGCUCUGACUGGGCGUAAUCUUCCCCUUGACGCAGAGUAAUACGGUAAAGGCAGGAGAUUACGGUACUCGCUGAGGGUAGCGCCUGUUACAUCAGCUGUAGCUGCAAAGUUCCUGCCUGCUUUGGGCUGGUAUCUCCCAGCUGAGGCUCCCACAAUUGAAGGGCUUGGAGAGUUCUUGCAGAGGUUUCCUUCCUUCUUGCCUUUCUCUUCUUUCGUCCCUUCCUUUUCUCUUUCCAGGGGAGCUGCCCACCAGCGUGGAGCUCUCCCGAGUGGCGGGCGGCUGAUCCCUAGGGUCCUGAGGAGCUGGGACUAUUGAGAGCGACAGCAGGUCCUCUCUGCGGCCAGAGGGAAGUGGCGACUGCUGCGGCGGCUGCACUGGUCCAGGACCGACACUCGCAGAGGCGCUCCGCCUGGCUGCCUCCCACCCUGAACGCCUGAUGCUGCGCCUCAGGAUCCGAGACUAGGAGGCUUUGAGGAACAGAAUCGAGUUGCGUCCAGCCCCAGCCCCACCGCUGCCUACUCAGGCAGGAUUUCCUCCUCUCUUGCUCAAUCAACCCUCGGAUCGGGGACAUGCCAUGAGGCCGGAGUCCUAGGAAGGGCGCCGGGUAAUUAGAGGAGCUCCUCUUCCCUCCAGAUGUGUCCAGGAGUCCGACAGUCUUUGGGGAGGAGGAGCCCGUGGCAAGAACUGAGCUGUCCACACCCCUUGACCUUGAUCCGGCGCCCUUGAGACGCAGGCUUUGAGAUCCCUAAAGGGCCGGUCACCCCCGCACCCGUGGAAGGGGGAAGGGGAGAGCCUGGUCGACUUUAUUUACCUGCAUCUUUUACUUUCCGGGACACUACUCUGCCUCUGACCCAGACAGAGGGAGGAGGUGAAGAGCACCAGAAUCAACUUAGUUUAACAGCCCCGCCCUCCACCUCACUCCCAAGCCCUGGUGCCCCAAAAUGCCUUCCCCGAGCUAAGAACUUCCUUCGGAAGAGCCAGCGCUUGGACUUUGCCUGCCCUCUUGCCUACAGCAGGGUGGGAUCGGGUGGAAAGGGACCUGCCGUUCUGACCAUGCCACCUCCAAUUGCCUUCCCUUUAUCUCUGCCUCCUUUGGAUUUCCAAGAUAGGUUUGGUUGGCUUCUCUGUAUCCGGAGCCAAGCCAAGCCCCUUCACUCUUAGAGACCUAAUCUUCUGAUUGGCUGAUCCCGAGAUCAGGCCUCCCACCCCAGCGAAUUCUUGGGUGACCCUCCAGCAAGAUCUCGGAUUUUGCCCAGCUGGCGUCCAGGGGACCAUGGUGUUUUUCCCUGAGAAUGCCUCGGACAGCUCGAACUGUACCCAUGCGCAGGAGCCAGUGAAUAUCUCCAAGGCCAUUCUACUGGGUGUGAUCUUGGGCAGUCUCAUCCUUUUUGGGGUGCUGGGAAACAUCCUGGUGAUUCUUUCUGUAGCCUGCCACCGUCACCUCCAGUCUGUCACCCACUACUAUAUCGUCAACUUGGCAGUAGCUGACCUGCUCCUCACCUCCACAGUGCUCCCCUUCUCAGCCAUCUUGGAGAUCCUGGGCUACUGGGCCUUUGGUAGAAUCUUCUGUAACAUCUGGGCAGCUGUGGAUGUCCUGUGCUGCACAGCCUCCAUCAUGGGCCUGUGCAUAAUCUCCAUUGACAGGUAUAUUGGGGUCAGCUACCCUCUGCGUUACCCUACCAUCGUGACCCAAAAAAGAGGACUCUUGGCUUUGAUGUGUGUCUGGGCUCUCUCCCUGACCAUUUCCAUUGGACCUCUCUUUGGCUGGAAAGAGCAGCCCCCUGAGGAUGAGACUAUCUGUCAGAUCACUGAAGAGCCAGGCUACGUGCUCUUCUCAGCCCUGGGAUCCUUCUACAUCCCCUUGGCCAUCAUCCUGGUGAUGUACUGCAGAGUGUAUGUGGUGGCCAAGAGGGAAAGUAAAGGCCUCAAGCAUGGCCUGAAGACAGACAAGUCAGACUCAGAGCAGGUGACACUCCGAAUCCAUCGAAAAAACAUUCCCUCUGCCAGCAGCUCUGGAUCGAGCUCCAAGAACAAGACACAUUUCUCUGUGAGGCUUUUAAAGUUUUCCAGGGAGAAGAAAGCAGCAAAGACUCUGGGCAUUGUCGUGGGCUGCUUCAUCCUCUGCUGGCUCCCCUUCUUCUUAGUGAUGCCAAUUGGGUCUUUCUUCCCUGAAUCUAAGCCCUCGGAUACUGUUUUUAAAAUAGCCUUUUGGCUCGGAUACUUAAACAGCUGCAUCAACCCCAUCAUCUAUCCUUGUUCCAGUCAAGAGUUUAAAAAGGCAUUUCAGAAUGUCCUGAGAGCCCAGUGUCUACGAAGAAAACAGUCCACAAAACAUGCCAUUGGCUAUACCCUCAACCCACCCAGCCACGCCAUAGGAGAGCACAAGGACUUGGUGCGUAUCCCAGUGGGAUCAGGGGAGACCUUCUAUAAGAUCUCCAAGUCCGAGGGGGUCUGCGAGUGGAAAUUUUUCUCUUCCACAUCCAGUGGGCCCACUAGGAAUGCUGUAACCCAUGACCAAUCCACCUGCACUUCGGCCCGAGUGAGAAGCAAAAGCUUUCUGAGGGUCUGCUGCUGCGUGGGGUCCUCGGGCCCAGCCAUCCAAGAGAAUCGCCAACUACCCACCAUUAAGAUCCACACCAUCUCCCUCAGUGAGAAUGGGGAGGAGGUCUAAUGGGCUGGAGCAGUCCCAAGGGAGAGGGAAUGUUGAUGGGUCAUUUGUCAUCCCAUCUCCCACUCAUCAAGUUGGAUAGUUACUCAUCCUGGAGUAAAGGCAAUGGCCAUGCAUCUAGCGUGGGGUGGUUAGGAAAGAGAGAUAAUAGAUCAUCUCAUAGUCUGGGGACUUAGUAUGAUAGUAAUAUUAUUUCCUUGCUGGGAACACUGUUUCUCUCUGAGCCUUCCUUUUUGUCUCUGGUCAUUCCACCGAAAAAUAUCAUGGGAAACAAAAUUUCCUGCACAAUCCAAAAGACUAUAAAUAUAUGAUUAUGAUUUCAUCGAGAAUAUUUUCAGCGCACACUCUAAGUUUGGAGUUAUUUCUUGAUGGCGUGAGAUUUUUUUUCCAGGCUGAUUUUACUGGUGGCCUCAGUCACUAUUUUAGUGAAUAAGGACAGGAGAGGGAAAGGGAGAGGAUUCAAAAUGGAGUUCAAUAUCCCCAAGCAUAAUUCCCUCCCCCCUGAGGGAAUGGUCUUCAACCUGGACUCUAUGGAUCCUUCCUGCAUCUCGGUUGUGGGAAACAUGAGAGCGAAGUUUACUUUUCUCCGGACUCUCGCUAUGAUGCCAACCCUCAGUUCCCAGAGUCUAGCAUGAGAUGACAUUCAUUGAGUUCCUUUAUUGAAGAGAGGGAAUUCUUUCUCUUUUUUGGUGGAGGAAAUGGGGGGAAAGUGGAAAGUGCUGAAAGUGCCAAUAAGAUGAUUGAAAUCCUUUAUCGAUAAAGUUCAAUAAUUAAUUCAUCAUAUACUUUUUAUUUGUCUUCUCUGUGCUGGAUAAUGGCAUUCAAGAAAGAAAAGAGCCCCAUCCCUGCUCUCAAGGUAUACCUAGUCUCAUAAAGGGAUAGAUAAUGAACACAGAUAAUGGAGUUCCAAGGGAAAGGGUUAUGAACUCAAAGGAGAGGUAUAGAAAAAGUGCUAUAAGAAAAUUGGAGGAAGGAGAGAUCACAUUUAACCAAAAUUGUGAUUCAAUUCCACAAGCAUGUAUUAAACACCUACUAUGUUCUUGGCAUUCUACUAGACUCUAGUUGAAACAAAGAAAAAAAUGCAAGUUCCUGCCUUCAAGAAGUUUACCUUGAAUUCAAUUUCAUCCAAAAAAAUAAAAUGUGUAGUAAAUACCUAUUGUCUUCAAUCUGUAAUAUAGUUGCUAGUCUCUUGGAGGUUCAAAGAUGAAAACAAGAUAGUUCAUGUCAUCAGAAAGCAUACAGUCUAUUGGGCAGUCAGGAUGAGGAUUAUUUUUCUUUUUUUUAAACUCUUACCUUCUGGUUAGAAUCAAUACCAAGUAUCAGUUCCAAAGCAGAACAAUAAGGACUAGGCAAUUGAGGUUAAGUGACUUGCCCAGGAUCACACAGCUAGGACAUAUCUGAGGCCAAAUUUGAAUCUGGGAUCUCUCAUCUAUAGGCAUGAUUCUCUAACCACUGAGAAACUUAGCUGCCCCUUGCAAUGAGAAUUUUUUUCUAAGCUAUGCAACCCUGAGCCUCAGUUUCCACACCUGUAAUAUGAAGGAAAGAAUAUCACAUGCUUCACAGGGUUAUUGUGAGUCCCAAAAGAGAUCAUUUGUAGAAUGUAAAGUGAUUUUCAAAUCUUAAGGCACUAUAUCAAGGUCAAUUAUUAUAUUUACUUGCCUAUUAACAUGUCAUAUCCCCCAGUAGACCAUAAAUUCUUUAAAAGCUGGAAAGGUUUCAUUUUGAGUUGUGUAUCCCCAGCACCUAGGAUAGUGCCUGACCGCUAAGGAUAAAGUAGGGACUAAGUUCUACAUUGAUGAUAUAUGGAAGUCCCAGGGAAGGAAAUUCUCUAUCGAAAAAGGUUAGCACCCUUGACUGCAACUUAGUUUUAGAGAGUUGCCUAGACCCCUACAAAGGUAUUCGACCUGGGACACACAGGAAGUGUACAUUAGAAGCAGGACUUGAAUUCUGGUCUUCCUGAUUGUAGCUGAAUGGCAGAUACAUAGGGCUCCACGUGUCAGAGGCAGGACAUUGACCCAGGUUUUUCUGGACUUGGGCAAGGCUCUCUUUCUCUUACAAUCUCUUGGAUUUGCUGACUUGAAUUUCAUCUUAAUUAUAAAACUAGUUAAAUCAUUUUGAGGAGCUGAUGAGCAGAAACAUCAAUUGAAUAGAAGGGAAAAGAGGGAGAAAGGAGCUCAGGAGUUCAUUCUAUCUCAAGGUUGCAGCUGCCAAAUAACGUGACAGCUUCUUCCUCUUGGCAAGGAGCCGGAAGACCCUUCUUGGCAAAUCGCCUGAUACUUCAGGAACUCAUUUCCAAGCAAAUGGAGGGCUUCUGGUCCUUCCAGGCACAUCAUGACUUCAGUAUCCAUUACCUGCUUUACUGUCACAUAAUGCACCAGACUCAGAGCAUCCAAUACACCUGCGGGAUGUGGCCAGGAGCCAACUCCAAGCCAAAUGUGCUUUUUCUGGCCAGAUCAGUGAUGUCAAGGCUUAGCAGAUGGCUUCUGGACCAUUUCCAUGGUACCUUUAAUUUCUUUUGUCUAACAUCUUUCCUUUAACAUUAUCAAAGUGUUUAGCAAGCUGAGACAUGACUAGGAAUUUUGUUCCCUGGAGAAAUUUGGCAUGAAAUGAUUGUAUUGGAUGUGGUGGAGAAAGUACUCAUCUGGGAUGCCAUCUUACAACUUCCCAUCUUAACAUUUACCAUCUUAACUAAUUACUCUGGUAACAGGAUGCUAAGCUCAAUGGUUUCAGUGGUCUUGAAGCACUGCAAGUGCUGUCAACAUUUUCAAAAUCAAAUGUGACAAACAUUUGGUCCUGCUACACUCCCAAGUGCAGCACUAACCAGAUAUAAUUAAAAUGGAAUCGGAGAAUCCUUAACCAAAUAAAGUACAAUAGGACAGAGAUAAUGUUAAUAUGGGGUUUUCUAAGUCAAUAUGCAGCCCACAGGGCUUGUCUAUGGUUUAGUGGCCACAUUUCUAUUUCUGUUUGAUACCACUGCUCAAAAUUUUGAUGCCCUGGUACUCAAUCCUGAUCACCUCACCCCAGUUAAAACACAAAGUUUAUGUAACCCUCAGAACAAAGGCAAACUGCAGUUAUCUUUUCCCUUCCUGCAACCCUGGUAAUGAUAACUGUAGUUUAAGGAUCUUUAUCUCCCACGAUGCAAUGAAGAAUGUCUAAUAGGGAUCUCUUAAGAGUUUUUGUGAGGAGCAUCUAGGUGGCUCACUGGAUAGAGAGUCAAAUCCAUAGACAGAAGUCCUGGGUUCAAAUCGGGCCUCAGACACUUUCUAGCUGGGUGACCCUGGGCAAGUUACUUAACCUCCAUUGCCUAGCCCUUACAGCUCUUCUGCCUUGGAACCAAUUUUUAGUACUGCUUCUAAGAUGUAAGCAAGAAUUUUUUUUAAAAGGAGUGGAGAGUGUUGUGGAUAUUUUUUGAACAAUUGGGAAGGGUUGGGGCAUGUUGACCCAUCUCCUUUACUGAAAGUGUUCACUACUUUCUCCAAUGAGAGUUUUUCCUACAUAUGUCCUCUCUCCUUUUGGUGAAAUGGACAUUCUACCUUGCCCUCAGACCAAGUUUGUAUCAUGAUGGGACACCAUAAAUCACAGUUUUCCUUACAGGCAAAUCCCUUCCUUUCUCUAGAUUUCAGACUCUCCAGAGGGUCUCUGAUGUUCCUUUGAGCUCCAUAUCUUUAACUCAAUGAUGCUUUGGUUCAAUAUCUUUCACUAAGUCUAUAGUGAUUACACUAAAGGAUGGGAAUCUUGCUGAAUAGAAAAAAUUUAGGGGUCAAAACUUGGAAGGUUCAGAAUUAUACAAAAGGAGUAAAUAAACUGAAUUUGUAACAGAAGAUAUCUUCAAAGUCCAACUGUCCCACUUAUGAUUUGUGUGAACCUGGACAAGUAGCUUAACCACUCCUUGCCUCAGUUUCCCCAUUUGUAAAAUGAUGAGAUUGAGCUCAGCCUCUAAAAAUCCCUCGAACUUUUCUUUCAUCAUUCACUUAAUCUGAGAAAGUCCUAAAGAUUUCAUCUGAAUUGGAAGAGACUGCUUUCACCUAAAUUGAAAUAUCUAGAAAAGACUCUCCUCUCUCUCCAUCUCACUAACAUGUAAAAGAAUAUCAGUCUCUUGGGAAUAAUAGUAGAAUCUGGUCCCCUUGAAUGAAAUGAUGGCUUUUGAGAGAAAAUCUCUAAGGAACUUGAAGACAAGUCUCUCUAGCCCCAAACCCUUGAGAAUUAUAGCCAAUAUUUUGUAUCAUGCUUUAAAGUUUGCAAAGCAUUUUGCAGGUUAUCUCAUUCAAUCCUCCCAACAGUUAUGCACAUUUUGCAGAUUAGAAAACUGAGGUUGAGAAAGAUUAUCUUGUCUAGUGUCUGGAGUAGGAUUUGAAUACAAGUCAUGCUAUUUUUAAAUCUUCCUAUAUCAUCUUUUAAAAAAUGGUGGAGGCUUAACCUUAAUGUCCUUAAUUUUUCACUUCUAGAGAAAUUAACUAACCAUAAUAUUAACCAGUCAUCUGAUAUUGGCCAUGAUGACUAUUUUUAAUGUCAAAUAUCCCUAAAUAUCUCAAUCCUUCUCACCCCCCAAUUCUCUUUCUCUAGAACCAAAGAAUUAAAUUCUGACAUUUCCCUAUUUUCCAUAGCAUUAAAUUGAUCAUAAGAUUAUAUGCAAUUGUCAAUUUAAAAUUUUGACACUAAUUACCCAAGUGUAGUAUAUUGGACUGGUAGAAAAAAGAGAUUGGCAAACUCAAUUCUGGGUUGCUUUUUAACCAAUCAGCAAACCAAUCCCUGCAACUCAGAGCAUGCCAUACUGUCUGAAAUCAUUACAUAUUGGCACCAAGCCUUAGUGUUUGCUGUUUUAAGCAAAUGACCGUCAUAGUUAGACCCUAUUCUUGUCUCAUGUUUACUGCAUCUAUUUUUAGUUUGGAGAAUUUGCCCAGAAUGAUUGGGAUUGGAAAAGCUUCUUGAAUGUAUUCAAGUAGGAGCUUUGGAAGUGGCUAUAUGGUCCUAGAAGCCAUCACAACUAAUGGUAAAGCCAAAAUCAAAAGACUAGGGAUCAUUUGGGCAUGCAAAAUGUUUGUCUCAUAUUUGACAAAACUCGAUCUUCCUCUGGUGACUUCACUGGCUGAAAGAGGUGUGAAGAGCCCUGGGAAGUGGACAUUUGACUUGCUGUCAACACUUGAGCUUCCAUCAGAAUUGUUUGUUCAUUUUCUUAUAUCUAGGUAUCCUCUGACUUAAAUAUUAUACUUGAUUUAUGAAUUAAACCACCAAAACCAUGCUUUUGAAUGGGCCAAAUCUCAGAAGAUUUCAAAAAAAUCCCUGUUAUGAUUUUUUCAGGGUCCUAAAAUUAUCCCCAAAUAUGCUUUUAUUUGUGUUCUCAGAAUUCAUUUCUAAACAGCUUUGGUACCCACAGCACCAAAUUUCUAUUCUGUAAGAUUAGAGUUCGGAAGAGUUAGGUGAGUUAAAAAAAGGAUUUCAAGAUUUCCUCUCCUUGAUCUCAUUCCAUGUUUCAGAGAAUUAAUGAACUGAGAUAAGAUUGUCUGGUAUAAUAAAUUUGGUUCUAUUCAAUUCCACAAGUAUUUACUGAGUAACUGCUAUAUGAGCUAGGCACUGUACUAGGCCCUGAGGAUGCAAGGAUGAACCAAACAGUUGCUUACCCUCAAGGAUCUUAGACUAUUGGGAGAAGGCAGAAGGAUCCCUGGAGAUUAGGAUCUUUAAAUAAAAUAGUUGGAAAUGGUAACAAAUCAUUUUACCCAAUUAGAAGGGGGAGUUGGCUUUUUCUGUUUGGCCCAAGAGAGUAAAACUAGAGCAAGGGAUGGGAGAUGAAGAUAAAUGGGUUUAGACUUGAAAAAAACAUCCUCAGUAUUCAAGUUCUUCAAAAAUGGAAUGGACAACCUUGGAGGUAUUGAGAUUUUCUCAGUUGGAUGACACUACUCAGCCAUCUCAUCAAGAAAUUCUUGCUCUGGUAGAUAUUAAACCAGAUGACCUCUGAGGUCCUUUCUAAUUCUGAGAUUCUAUUUUUCAAUUCAUACUUGCUUCUCCUAACUUCCUUUCCAAGAUGAUGGUGAAUUGGUUGAAAUCAUUUCAGUUAUGAGUACUAAGCACCAGUACUCUCCCCCUCUAUCAAGAUUAACAUCCUAUAGCUAUUUUGACUCACUGAUCUUGGGAGAAUGGGGUCUCCAAGCACAGGAAUAUUUCGCCAACUAUUUGUCAGUGAUUUAUUUAUUCCUCAUUGUUCGAACCACAGUAGCUCUUCAUCAUAAUCCUUUAGACACUUUUCCAUAGCUUUUGAGAUUGGAUCUGCUCAUAUUCCUUCCUCUUGUGAAAAUGAUGCUCUCUUUCCCACAUGAAGACUGUCCUUAAUUAGGUGAGGCACUGUAUGUGUCAUUGAAGGGAGUCCCAACUACAGCUAGGAUAAUAUGCUGUGAUAAGCAAAAUGCACCCUUGGAAGUCCCAGUAGGGCAACUAAGGAGAAGGUGCUCAAGGAGACCUUGGUGCUCACUUACUGUAAUCUCUUUUCAUACCACUAGGAUUUUUAACUCUGAAAACACCUUCAAACAGCUCCAGCCAGAGCCAUUGGUGACACUCUAUGCAUCUGUUCCUUGCCCACAAACCUGGUCAUGGAGCAAGGCUGAUCUCAGCCUGUUUUGACUCCCACCAUCUUCAUAAACAAUGCUGGCCAUGAGCCCUAUGGCCCUCCAGAGCCUCUGCAAGAUUGGUGAGUGGAGAUCACAAUUUGCAUUUUUGCUGAUGGGGGUGGCAAGAGCCAAUGACCACAAAGGGACCUGGUAACUAAGUUAAGCUUCCUACAGAGAACACUCAAGCUGUCUACAAGUGCUCAGCUCACCUCUUUCCUCUUCAUGCUCCCAGGAGCCCAAACUGGUAAGGGAUGGCCAUCAUACAAAAUCCUUGUCCGUACUAAGCAGGGAAGUUGCCAUAUAAUAUUUUUUACCACUGAAGCAUGAAUACUCCAUUUCAAAUUGAGCCUUAGGUAAAACAGCCAGCAAAGAUGGCUUUUGUUUUCCCACAUCCACCUCCAUCUACCAGCCCUUGUUCAAGGUAGAAUGACUUAGUUAUAUUUCCUCUGCCUCUUAUUCAAGACUGGUGAUAAGGCAAAUGGAAAAAAAAAAUUCUCUCAUUAUGAUAUCAGUCAUUGUUGUGCCUCUUUCCCUGCUCAUCUUACAUAGUGUUGUGUAUCAAUAAGUAGUGGGAAUCAUCACUAGGAUAGACAAAGAGUGAGGCAAAUCUAACAUUGAUACACGAGAAAAAAGUGUAGCACUAAGUGCAGAUCAUAUCUGGAAAAUGAAAGGAUAAUAGGUUCAUAAAUUUAGAGCCAAGUGGUCAUCUAGGCUAACCUCAUCAUUUACAGUCAAGGAAGUUGAGGCCCUCACAAGCUAAGGGAAUUAACUGCCCAUGUCAUACAUGUAGUACAAGACAGAAUCAGGAUUUGAACCUAGACACCAUGGAACAGAGGAAAGAGCUGGCUUUGAAGAGGGAGCACCUAGAUUCCAACCUCAGCUCUGCCACUUACUAUAUAAGUGGCUUUGGCAAAUCCCUUCAGGUCUCUAAACCUCAGUUUACUCAACUGUAAGAUAAGGUCCUUGUAUCAGAGGACCACUAAGCUAGAGUCUAGCUCUAAAUCUAUGAAUCUAUUAUCCUAAGGUGCUGAAAUAUUCAUGAGCCAUUAAAAUUAUAUGUCAAUUACAACAGAACAGUACAGUACAGUACAAUAACGUCCAGUACAAUGAAGCAACUAGGGAAAUUGUGGUCUGUGAAAGAAGAAAAGAAGAAAUCCUUGAUGUGAUGGAAUCAUUAUUUUAAGACUUUAGCUCUUAUUUUAUGUGUUUCCCUAUUACAUAGGAUUGCAGAUCUAAGGCUGUAAGGGACUUCAAAGAUAAACCAUCUAGUUCAUUUUCUUCCUUUUAUGAGGGAAGAAACUAAGGCAUUGAGUGGCUUGAACAAAAUAUCCAUAGUUGAAAGGCAAUGGGAACAUAAAUUCACAGAAACAUGGCUUUUCAGAGCUUAGAAAAACCUCAGAGUUUGGUAUAAUGUAGCCUCCUCAUUUUAGAGAACUCAGGCCAAGAGAAGGUCAGACCCUAGCUCUCUGAUUAGUGACUGGACCAGAAGGUUGAAGGGUCCUGUUUGUAAGUCAUUCUCCUUAUUUCCUUGACUAUAAAAACUCAUUUGCUCUACAGAAAUUCCCAGUUUCCUCCUCCAUUCCCAGUAUUACUGCAUGCCAGAAUGGCCUAUCAACCUUAUGCCUCAUACUUUGAUUUCAUGGAAUCACCUCCUGCCCUGCUUUGUCCUGCUUUUUCUUUUUCUCUAUUUACUUCUCCUUAUCUUCCUUCAAAAGAGCUAAUUUCCCAACCAUGUUAGCACAAUCACCAUCAUAACCAUUCUUUUAUUCAAUAAGCUUUAAGUCAACUAUACUUGGUUGUGUUGUGUGUUGACAACACAACAAACUUUGUGAUAAACACUGAGGAUGAAAAAGGGAAAAAAAACUGAAACAUAAUAGUAUAAAAGUUGUCUUCCACAUUAGAAUGUGACCUUGAGCAUGAGGACCUUCCUGUUUUUCCCUUUCUUUAUCAGUGCCUAGCCCAUUGUAAGUGCUUAAUAAAUGCUUGAAACAUUCCCUCCAGGGUAAAUAUAGGGAGCUCUGAAUAGAGAACCAGGCCAGGAGAUGGGAGGUACUGGAUUCAAAUCUGAAUUCCUAGUUGUGUCACCCUGGGAAAGUCACUUAACCCUAAUUGCCUGACAGUAAGAACUACUCUUCUGCCUUGGAACUUUUACUUAGUUCUAACUCUAAAACAGAAGGUAAGAGUUUAAAAGAAAAGAAAAGAAACAUUUCCUCCCCUCAGUAUACUUACAUUGUACUGGGACAUGGAAGUGAUGACGUAAUAUCUCUACAGAUAAGGAAAUAUAAAGCAUUCGAGGAAGAUGAGAACAUAGAGGUUUUGUUCUGGGAAGGCUUCAAUGACACCCAAAAUGAGCCUAGAAGAGAGCUAUUGUUUCUAAGAGGCAAAAAUGGAGAGGGGGAUAUCUUCCAGUCAUGGGAAAUCCACAGAGACAAGAUGGGGAAUGCCCAGUUUGAGGAACAACUAAUGGUCCAGUCAUGAAGGGGAGGAGUGGAAAAUAAGUCUGUAAGUAUAGGAUGAAGCCAGCUUAUAGUAGGUUUGGAAUGGCAGGUUAAGGAAUUCAUGUUCUAUGCCACAAGCAAAGAAGCCCUCUAGAAGGCAUUUGGAUUAGAGAAUGAGGAGAUCAAACAUAUACAAUUGGGAAAUUAUUUUAGAUAUCAUGGAAAGGAUGAGGGGAUAGAGACACUAUGGAAAGAGAUCAGUUACUAGUCCAGGAAAGAGGCAAUGAGGGCUCUAUUAGAGUAGUAGCAUCAGGAGUAGAGAGGAAUUGGAUAAGAUACUACAGAAGCAGGACUUUGUGACUGAGCAGAGGCAGGGGAGCAGCAGUGGUGACAGUUUAGAAAGAACCAAAACGUUGAUUUCAUCUAAGUCCCAGAAUCGUUGAAUCUCUAAGUCAGUGGCCACCAAGUCCAGUCCAUUCUUACAAAGUAAAGCCCUCAAGAAUAUACCUAGCAAAUAAUCAUCCAACGUUUGUUCUAAAACUUUCAGGGAGGGAGAACAUACCACACACACACACACACACACACACACACACACACGCCAAAGUCACUUUUAGAAAUCUCUGAUUUUCCUGCUAUCAAGCUAAAUUCUUCCUCUUUGUAGCUUCUCUUCACUACUCCUAUUUCUACCCUCUGGGUCCAAGCUGAAAAGUCUAAUCCUUCUGAAACAUGGCAGUUCUUUACAUACUUGAAGCUACAUGUUGAGUCUUCCUUCUCUUCUUCAGUCUAAAUAUCUCCAGUUCCUUCCACUGACUCUCAUAAGGCUGUCUCUAGACCUUCACCCUCCAAGUUUCCUUUCUUUGGAUGCUCUCUAGCUAGUCAAAGUCAAAUCCACAUGAGCUAAGAGAGGACAGUCUUAGUGGCUACAUGUGUCAAGAUCUCAUUUCUAAACUCAUAUUUCCCCAUCUGCUUCUAGAUCAUGGGACCAUAGGGCUAUCCAUUUAGAAAUAAUGGGACCAUAGAGGCUAGCAAGUGCAAUUCUUUUGUUUUACAGAUGAUAAAACUGAGGCACAGAAGGUGAUAUGACUUGCUCAGAGCCACAAACAUAAUACAUAUCUGAGAUGGGACUUUUAGAACCAUAAAUUUAGAAAUGGAAAUCCAUUUACAACUUCAAGUCCAAGCCCCUCUUUUUUUUUAAACCCUUACCUUCCGUCUUGUAGUCAAUACUGUGUAUUGGCUCCAAGGCAGAAGAGUGGUAAGGGCUAGGCAAUGGGGGUCAAGUGACUUGCCCAGGGUCACACAGCUGGGAAGUAUCUGAGGCCAGAUUUGAACCUAGGACCUCCCGUUUCUAGGGCUAGCUCUCAAUCCACUGAGCUACCCAGCUGCCCCCCAAGUCCCUCUUUUUAUAUGUGAGGAAUAUAAGGCAUAGAGAGAAUGAUUCAUCCAGGAUCACAUAACCAGUUAGUGUCUGAGGUAAAAUUUGAAUUCAGGACUCUAGGUCCAGCAUUCUAUCCACUAUACCACUUAGUUCUAGAAUUUAUACAAGCCACAGUAUGACAUGGGAAUGGCUACCCUUCAAGAUUUAGCCCAUCAUGGUCACAUUCUGUUACAUUUCUAGGCUAUCUUGGCCUUCUUACCCCAACCCUUUUCCAUAUAGACUGAUGCUAACUUUGGAUCUUGAACUUGGUUGAAUCCCAGAGCAAAUUUUAAAUAUAGAGUUUGUGUUCUGAUUCAGCCUUAUUUGAGCAACUCUAUCCAUCUCAAUCGUCUUCUAGGUUUCUAGGAAGAAGAUUGAUGGCUUUUUUCAGGAUUUGGGGGGCAUGUUUGGUCCAAGUGGAAAGUAAGAAUAUGCAAUUCUUUAUUUGAUUACAGAAGUCAGAGAAUAGAAUUGGGAGUCUGAGGACUUAGGGGAAGGUCUUUUCCCCCUCUCUGAGCCUUUUCUUCAUAUAUAAAAUAAGGAGAUUGAACUAUAUGAUAUAAAAAGUCCCUCCAAGUCUAAAUCUGUGAUGUGUAAUACAUGACUAAUGUUAAUGCUACAGAAGCUUCAUGAAAUAUGUGUACUCCAUCAGAAUGUAAGCUCCUCAUGAGUCAGAAUUGUUUCAUUCUUUGUAUUUAUAUCCUCCAUAGUACAGUGCCUAGCACAUGAUAGGUAUUUAAUAAGUAAAUGUUCAUAAAUUGAUUGAUUUUGUACCAAGGUGAAUACAGAUUUACUUUACCUUACAAAAAGCCAGUAUACCCAGAUUUGAACUUGCAAACACAGAUCACUGAAAGCCCUGCACAAUUUCCCAAAUGUGAUCUACAUUGAUCUCCUCUACUUCUGCAGUGGGCUCACAUCAUUAUCCACCUAAAAUGACUAGCCUACAUAGAGUCACUAAUAGACUGAUUCAAUGGGAUGUCCAUCCAACUGGAUUUGGCCAAAACGUACUUUUCAUCCACUUUACUUUUUGAAUGUGGAUGACUGGGCUCAAUCAUCUAUGUCAGAUGAGUAUGAAUUGUAUACUUCAUGAAAGGAUUCUUCAGUUUCUAAAAGGAUGAAAAUUUUCUCCCUUUAGAUUCCUUGUAGUUUCCCCCAUGGGUAAACAAAGGUAUAAUUUGGUACCUAAUGGCCAAUUAGAGCAUAAAGUAUACAUUUUAAAAGGUAUUUGAUUUCCCCAAACUCACAGAAAAAGUGAAGAAGAAUCUUACAUUUACAGAGCUAUUUUUUAAUUUUUACUACACCUCUAAUUUCAAUCGGACCCUGUAAGGAAGCUCACUCUGUCUUUUAUAAGACAGCCCUGCUGCCACUACAGUUCCAUUUUCUGGAAUACUCUGAGGUUAUGAAUAGGCAUAGCUAUUCAAGAAAAUACCUGUUAAAUAAAAUCAGGAAGAUAUUUCGAUCUGGAAGAGAUGGCAUUGGUCAUCCUGGUCAGUUCCCUCAUUUUAUAUCUGAGGAACUGAAGCUCAGAGAGGUCAAAUAACUUGCACAAGGUUACAUAGCUGUCACCCCAAAACAAAGGCAAGACACUUCCUCUGUUAUGGGUGGAAAUACAGAAAUCUCAUUUGGUGUUGAAAUCUCAAGCCUGUCUCAAAAGUCUAUCUCCAUGAAAUUGGGUUCAUUCAUCUGUCAAUUUUGAGCAAUUCUGAUAUUAUCAUUCCAGCAAAACGAAUUUAUUUGCUAUUAUUAAUAUACAAAAUCUUAUUUCUUUCUUCUGUCAUUGCAUAAGCCAGUUUCCCAUUCCUGGCUUGCCCUUCCUCUUCACUCAUGUGAGCUAAUAGCUCACAGAAUGACAUAUUGAAUAGAACCUCCUCCACAAGGCUUUUUCCAACCUCCUCCAUUGUGCUCAUUUUGGUUUAUAUUGAAUUGACUUGAUUUUUUUUUGUCUUCCCUCAAUGGGAUAUAAGCUCCUUGAGGGCAGGUCCUAUUUCAUUUUUGUCUUUGUCACCUCCAGAGACUGACAUAGCAUCUGAUUCAUGGUAAAUGCUUAAUUGAAUUACUUAUUGAAUUUAACUGAAUCUAAACUCUGCACAGAUUUCCUCACCCAAUAGGUGUACAAUAAAUGCUGGUUAAGUGCCAUUAAAAUGGAUUGAAUUGGCACAUCAAUAGAUGCAAUGUGGUAAGGUAAAAAGAGUGGUUUCUUGGCUUGGCUGAUCACUAGCUCUGUGACCUUAGGCAAGUCAUUUAACCUUGUUUUGCUCAACUCUAAAAUGAGGGGAUUGAAUUAGAUGUCAUAUUUGGGCCUUUCCAGCUCUGAGUCUCUGCAAAGCAGAACUUAAAAGGAAACUGCUUUGGGUCCCAUCCCAUGUCCAUUGUCCUGAUCUGACUUUUGGCCCAUGUCUAGAUGAAUGAGUUAAUUGGUGCUUGCAAAAACAAACAUACAAAAGCCAAGAACAGGUUUCAGGAUCUAAUUGUUCACAUUCUUGGAGACCCAACACAGUCCAACAGUCUCUCUCUGUUGUGUUCUCAUGGUUACACAACUUUCCUUCCCACCACCGAGAUUCUAACUUUCUAACUGCCUUCCUCCUCAAUAUCCCUCUACCACAAACAUCCCCAAAGAAAGAAAGAACAAAAUUCACAGCUACAGGAAAUGUAACUGCAGAAAUACCGAUACCUGCCAAGGGAAACUGUCACGACAAAUGGUUGCCUCUCAGCCCCAGGACUUGGCCCAGUAAACUAGCUUCAGACCAUCAUCUAUCAUCAGCUCUUCCCUAAGAACUUGCUUCUCCCCCUUCUUUUCCCCUUUACUGAGGCUGAUCCUUUAAAGGGCUGAUAGAUGGCAAACUGGGGCCCUUUUAGUUUGUGCCCCUGGAAAUCUUGGACUUUGGAAGCUUUCCUUCUUCAGUGGUCUUCAGGCAGGAAAAAACCUAAUUCCUUUUUUUCCCCUGAUGCCAUCAUGUAAAUAAACAAAACCUUCACUGUGUGUGAGGAGGCUAAUCCAUAGCCGUAAGCAAGAGCUUUGUGAAGCAUUAACAAACCAGUGUUGUACUCCCUUAUGUGCAGUGUUAUUUUUAAAACAACAAUAACUGAGGGAGGCUUUCCAAGAGAAAGAAAUGGUGUGGGGUAUUUUAAAAAUAUUUUUAAAUGCUGACUAGAGAUAAUAAUUAAAUCUCUGCACUUCUCAAGAAGUGCUUAAACUUUGGCACUAAACGCCAAACUCUGUUCAACUUUGUCAGGGGGGGUUAACCCAGCUGAGAAGUAUGGCUCAUGGAGUGUGUAGAACAGUCACCAGACUUGAGUGCUGCCUCAGAAACAAUCCUAAGAUUUUACUAGCAACUGGUGGGAUUUUACUUACUCCUCUUAAUAUAAUGUAUGGGCCUCCCCAAGUCAAGGUUCAUUACAUCCCUGUGUAAUUCAAGCUCUGAUUUCAUAGCAUGCCACAGUCUUCCUUGAAGCAUGAGUCUGAGCACGUUUCCCAGCUGGCUGCCUUUCUUCUGCUUGCCUUCUAAUAAAAGUUACCCAGGAUACAAGCUCCAUGUAGUAACCAGAACAGAUCGGUGCUGGGUGGGGCUGCCCAUCAGAUCAAGUGGGUUCCAAUAUAACCCUUAACAUGGAUGAGCUAAAUGAGCCCCUCCACCGCCAUCAUCCCCGUUCCCUGUACAAUUUCCACCAAUGUACCAGUCAUCUGUGAUUCAACCUGACCCUCUUCGAGCUUUGGGUAUUCAAUCAUGGUAUCUUGAGUGGAUGGUACCUUUUUCUCUUUUCAUUUUGUGAAAUAUAUAUAUAUAUGUAUCUAUCUAUCUUCCCUAACUAUCGUGGAGAUGUGGAUUAUGUUGUAUAUGCUAUCACAGCCUGAAUGCUCAUGUGCCCAACAGGUCUGUUCAUGAAUUUGACUUGCAUCCUCCUGUGCAAAAAUGUCUGUAUACUUGAAUCAGCUGCAGUAUUUUGCAUUGACGCCCAAACUGAAAAUGGCUUCUAAGACAUUCUACUCUUGCAGAAUGGACUCAGUAUCAUUGAACUCUGUUGUUUAAAUAUUUCUGAAUUUUCCAGACACCAUGUUUAUAAAUCCAUUUCUUUCUGAUAUAAUACAUUAAAAAAUCAUGCUGGUCAUUUUUUCUUGAAUUAAAUGAGUGUACAUAUUAAUUGAUGAGCAGAAAAAUAAAUUAUUGGGGGGAAAAUGUACUUUGUGGACCAUGCAAUUCAUUCAUGUUUGAAGGGAGUUGUUCUAUUUGUUUCAAUGAUGUAGUUCAAAUUACAAGUAUUUACACUCCUGCAAAUUCAUGCAACCUAUUUAUGUCUUGUUCAAUAUUGAAAUGUGUCCUCUAAUAAAAUAUUUUAAAUGUA